CACCCAUUCCCGUGUUGGGCUCCGCUCACCCGACGAAUCCAAAUCCCACCGGAAAGCGUCCGAACCCUACCCCAUGGCGAAUGCGGCCUCCUCCGCGUCGUCGCCGGGGGCCGGGCCCUCCACCUCCUCGUCCUCGCCGCAGGCCGGCGGAGGCGGGGGCGGAGGCACGCCGCGGCAGCGGCAGGGCCGGCCCGUGCGCGCGGGCUCCGACCCGCUCCUCAUCGUCUGCGGCUGCUUCAGCGUCGUCACGGCCGCCACCGCGCUCCUCUGCGUCGCCGUCAACGUCGUCUCGGCAGUCCAGUCGUUCCGCGCCGGCUCCGACAUAUUCGGGGGCAUAUUCCGAUGCUACGCCGUCGUCUUCUCGCUCUUCGUCGCCGUCCUCGAGACCGAGUGGGGGUUCAUCAUCCGCUUCUGGAAGAUAUUUGAAUACUGGCCUGCACGGGGAAUGCUCCAGAUCUUUGUUGCUGUCAUGACGAAGGCAUACCCAAGUAUUGAAAGGAAUGAUCUGAUUUUGCUCCAGGAGAUUGCUAGCUACAUGCUUCUUGCAUGUGGAGCUGUCUAUGUGAUCUCGGGGAUAUUGUGCAUUGGUGUGCUAAAACGUUCUAGGCAGCAGAAAGCGACAUCACGGGAGCAAGCAGUCAAGGAUUUGCAUGAGCUGGAGAAACGGAGAGAAGAACUUGAGGCAUUGUUACUUGCUGAGCGGUCCGAGUUGGUCUGAAGGCUGACCACCGUGAUCUAACAAUCUCUAGUCCAGUGUAGAUAAAUGGUUUUUUCCCCUGAUGAUAGCGUUCUGCUUGGUCCUGGCCAUGAGUCAUUAUUCAUCAGAAGUCACUUCCUUGAAGUGUAUCUUCUUCUUUAGUUCUUCUGGUUACAGAUGUUUUGUUGUUAAUUAUCGUCAUGCUUUUGGCGGACAGGCCUUGCAGCUAUCCUCAUGGUUUCAGCUGAAUUGUGGGAUUCUGGUUUCAGAGCAUUGUAUUGAUUCGUUGUUCGGGACUGUGUUGUGUUUCAGUUAAAUUAGGUCAUGAGUUUGAUGUAGCAUGCUGACCUGGCCGUCUAAGCCUGUCUUGUAUGUAUUGCUGAAUAAUUCACUUGAAUUUUACUCUUAAUGUCUGUUUGGACAGAUGCACUGUAGUAACUCACUCCUUGCGCUAUAAGCCUGUCUUGUAAUAUAUGUUUUCCUUAUGUUCCCCAAUUAUUACUGUGGUAACAUUAUUAUCA